CUGCAGGCAGGUGCUUCUGCCUUAGAUGCUGCUGCAGCUCCGAGGGCACCGGCGACCAUGCCUUGAUGCCCUCCACCCUCCCCAGAGGUGUCCAUGGCGGUGGCAAGGAAAAUAAAAACUUUGUUGACUGUGAACAUUUUGGUCUUUGUGGGGAUCAUCCUCUUCUCGGUCUACUGCAGGAUCCAGGAUCGUUCCCAGGAGUUGGUGCAGAUUGUCAGGAGCGCCGACCGGCGGAUGAGGAGCCGGAAUACCAAGGUGGGAGCCCUCCUGGACAGGGAGUCCAUCCUGCAGCGGUUGGACCACCUGGAGGAAGUUGUGUACAACCAGCUCAAUGGUCUAGCCAAGCCAAUGGGAUUAGUUGAAGGCCCUGGAGGCUUGGGCCAAGGAGGGAUGGCUGCUACCCUGAGAGACGAUAGUCAUGAAUCUGAAACAAAGUAUGAAGAAUAUGGUUAUAAUGCCCAGCUAAGUGAUCGGAUUUCAUUGGACAGGUCUAUUCCUGACUACAGACCCAAAAAGUGCAAACAGAUGUCCUAUCCUGAUGACCUGCCCCAGAUCUCGGUGGUCUUUAUUUUUGUAAAUGAGGCUCUGUCUGUCAUCUUGCGCUCAGUACACAGUGUUGUGAAUCACACCCCAUCCCACUUGCUCAAGGAGAUUAUCUUGGUGGAUGACAACAGUGACAAUGUUGAGCUGAAGUUCAAUUUGGACCAGUAUGUCCACAAGAGAUACCCAGGGCUGGUGAAAAUAGUUCGUAAUAACAAACGAGAAGGGCUGAUCCGAGCCAGAAUCCAAGGUUGGAAGGCAGCAACAUCACCAGUGGUUGGGUUUUUUGAUGCUCACGUCGAGUUCAACACCGGCUGGGUGGAGCCGGCACUUACCCGCAUCAAAGAAGACAGGAAACGGAUCAUCCUUCCAGCUAUUGACAACAUAAAGUAUAACACGUUUGAAGUGCAGCAAUACGCCAAUGCAGCUCAUGGCUACAACUGGGGACUCUGGUGUAUGUACAUAAUCCCACCGCAAGACUGGCUGGACAAGGGGGACGAGUCUGCACCCAUCAGGACACCAGCCAUGAUUGGUUGUUCGUUUGUGGUGGACAGGGAGUACUUUGGUGAGAUCGGCCUUCUUGACCCUGGAAUGGAAGUUUAUGGGGGAGAAAACAUUGAACUUGGUAUGAGGGUCUGGCAGUGUGGCGGAAGCAUGGAGGUGCUGCCUUGCUCCCGAGUCGCCCACAUUGAGCGCACCAAGAAACCUUACAACAACGACAUUGACUACUAUGCAAAGCGCAACGCAUUGCGUGCUGCUGAAGUCUGGAUGGACGACUUCAAGUCACAUGUUUACAUGGCGUGGAACAUACCAAUGACGAACCCCGGAGUUGACUUCGGAGAUGUUUCCGAAAGAAUUGCUCUGCGGCAACGUCUUCAGUGCCGAAGUUUUAAGUGGUACUUGGAGAAUGUCUAUCCUGAGAUGAGAAUUUACAACAAUACCAUCACUUAUGGGGAGGUUCGCAACAGCAAAGCCAGUGGCUUCUGUUUGGACCAGGGUGCAGAAGACGAUGACAAAGCCAUUCUCUACCCGUGUCAUGGCAUGUCCUCCCAGCUUGUUCGUUACAGCUCUGAAGGACUUCUGCAGCUGGGCCCCCUGGGAUCUACUGCAUUUCUGCCUGACUCCAAAUGUCUCGUUGAUGAUGGGAAAGGAAGGACCCCCAUCCUGAAGAAAUGUGAAGACACGUUGAGGCCAGCACAGAGGCUGUGGGAUUUUACACAGAACGGCCCAAUCAUCAGCCGAGACACUGGCCGGUGUCUAGAAGUAGAGAUGUCCAAGGAUGCCAACUUUGGGCUCCGAUUAGUUGUACAAAGAUGUUCGGGGCAGAAAUGGAUGAUCAGAAACUGGAUCAAGCAUGGCCGGCAUUGAUUUAGAGCUGGGAAGAUGCUUACAGUUCUGGAGUCCUUUGACCAGUACGUGGGCGCUCCUCCAAGAGAUUCAGGUUAAAGAGGACUAUUGUGAUGAGAAGAAGACAGCUCAUUGAAGGAGAAGGAUUACU